AUGAUAAGGGGGAUACUAAUCUCAUUGAUCCUAACCACGGAAGUGCGGAGGAAAUUCCUAUAUGCCAACCACUGCACAUACCUAUGGGUGUUGCUAACGCUGUUGUGCAGCGUGUUGGUUGUCUCUCUCGUGGCACACAACAGGAAAGGAAGUAAACGAAAGUGGAGGAUUAAAGAGAAGGGUUUUUCUCCGGGGACAGAAAAUGAAAGAAGUCCACGUAGAGGUGGUAAUCCAUUUAGGAGUCCCACCUUAACCAUCGGGGGGUAUCACCACAGGGAAAAAAUCACACAAGGGUUCCUGAACCAAAAGGGGGAUCCCACCUUUCUGCGUUUGUACGAGAAGGGGGUUAUUGGCGCUUGGGAGUUGCUCCUUCACAUAUAUGGCGCCAACUUGUUCGCGUCUUUUUUUUUCCCCUUCUUUUCAACCCUGCUGGUUUCGAAGUAUGACGUUUUAAACUCUGGUGCGCGGCGAAGCUGUCCCUUGCCCUCGUGAACGAGUUCCUCCUCGGCAGCGUCUUCCUGCGAUACGUGCGAGUGAACGCCUGGGCCUACCUCCUCUUCCACGGCUUCCUCUUUCUCGCGACGCUGGGCGCAAUGCGAAUUCACGAGAGCUUGGCCACCUGUUCCCUCUGGUUUGUGCUCAACUUUGCCUUUUAUCACAUGAUCGCCAUAGGGGCCUUUCGGCUGACGGAUGGGGUGUUUUCCUUCCUGGAGGGGGCGACGGCCCUCAGUUUGACCCUCUACGCCGCAAGCUGCGCGUACUUGCUGCGUCGAGCCGACGACCAGAAGGGGAAGCUCCUCAUCGCUUCGCUGGCGUUCCUUCUGUACAACAUGCUCAACCUCGGCACAAGACGAUACGAUUCCGUGAGUGAAUCGGACACAAGCGCGAUGCAAACGAUAGUCCACCUUCUAUGGCACCAACAGAAUUAUUUUUUAAUUUUGGGCUGGCUCGUCAUCACAACUCUGUACAUAAUUUACAUUGCCAAGUUGGUGAGGAGAAAUGGGAGCCUGUCUUAUCUGAGGAAGCACUAUCAUUUCCUGCUUUUUGUGAAUGCCCAGCUGUCUUUUUUCUUGGGGAAGGUGGAGCUCCUUGUGGUGACCCUCUCCUUCGCGUUUCUCCUGCUGCUACUCCUGGAAGUCGCGAGAAAAAUCGGCCAAGCGCUGUCACCGGAUCGCAACACGCUGCAUAAGUUCAUCACCAGUUUUAUUGACGAUAGAGAUAGGAGGGGCCUGGUCGUUACGCACAUUUACCUUUUGGCUGGGGUGUACAUCCCAAUCGUCGCGGACGCACUGUUGAACAACAAGAACUACCUGCGCAAGGGAACCCGAAGUGUCUUCCUCUUCCGGGACGCCGACCUGCUUCUCUACAGCUCGGGGAUGAAUGCCAUAUGCAUAGGCGACUCAUUUGCAGCCAUCGGGGGGCUUCUGUUCCCCACCCCGAAGAUCAAAAAUACGAACAACAAGUCGUACGCAGGAUUUCUCUUUUUUUUUUGUUCUACAUUUUUAUCGCUUUUGCUUGAGAGCUACUUCGUUCAAAAAACGCCGUUGGCCAGUUUGACCGCCAUAUUUAUGAUGUCCCUCUUCGGUGCCCUAUUCGAGGUACCAUCGGACAUCACAAUUCUCGAGCACAAGUACGCGAAAAAGAAUGAGAAAAGAAGAGUCAAUUUUUUUAAGAGGCUGUUUAUCCAUUUUUCCUUUUUCACCAUUGGAAAUAACUGCAACAAAUUGAGCAGCCAUGACGUGAUAAAGGUCCUUUCGAAUGUGUAUGCAGAUGAUCCAAGUGAAAGUAAAAAUAUGAACUCGAUUAAUAUUAUUAACAUUUUAAAUACAAGACAGAGGGAUAUCGAGAAGCAGGUCCAGUGCAAGCUGUGGUCCUUUCUGGGCUUCCUACUGCUGCCCCUGUACAGCCUGAACAAGUUCAAAUACUACGACGCCAAGAGCAAAAUGAUCGUCGCACCCUUUUUUUCCAUCGCGGGGAUUUACCUGGGCUCCUUCCUCGGGAACGUGGCCACGGGCAGUUUUUUGUUUUUCCGUUUGGACAUUGCCCUGUAUGUACACGUCGUCCCGUCUUUUCCGUCGCGCAGAUUUUCGGACUACAAACGAUCGAAGUUUCUUGGGACGCUACCGGCACACGUUUUUUUGAAGGAGUGA